UGUGCCAGAGACAGUCAGUGAGUCAGUCAGCGAGUCUGUGAGCGAGUCUGGUUUCCGUUUCCGUUGGAAGUCCCUGGCUGGUAAUCUGUGGUUGUGCACCUUUUUCUUACUGUUUUUAUAGACAUUCAAAAUAUUGAAAGUAAAUUUGGAAAUAUCCACACCAUAUUUUUCUAACAACUUUAUGCGAAAAGGUUUCUACUCGUGAACGUUACAGUGCAAAUUGCCCAAUAAAUAAACAAAAAAUACACAAAAAAUACAAAAUUAUAGAAAUACAAACAACAAGUAAAGCUUAAUAAGUUGUUUCCCCUGUGUGUGUGAGAGUGCGACUGCGAGUGUGUGUGUGCGAGUGAGUGUGAGUGUGAGUCUGAGUGCGCGCUUGUGUGAGCGAUUGAUUAAACAAAAGGCAUUUGGUAACCUAGGCCAACUGAUAUUAUAGAGACCCCACCAAUACAAGUGACUUAAAAUCAAAUCAAAUAUAAUGGGCUGCAACACCAGCCAGGAGCUGAAGACGAAGGAUGGCGCCGCCAUCGACGCGGUCAGCAACGGGGAGCCGGAGCCGAGCGCCCCGCAAAUGGAGAACGAAGGUCUUCAGUCCUCCGCAAAGUCCUCAAACAAUCAUACAAAUCACGCCAAAUCAAAUUCAAUUACCUCCAAUGGCGAUGCCAAGGCGCCGAACGUCGGCGGCGGAGGUGGAGGAGGCGCCUCAUCCGAAGCAACAAAUGGCAUUGAUCGUCCCUUCGAUAAGGCGGCAAUCACGGAACUCGACGACGACGAGGACGAAGCAAAAGCCGCAACAAAAAUUCAAGCCGUCUUUCGAGGCCACAAAGUGAGAGAAACCAUGAAAAAAUCGGAAACCAAAACUGUGACCAACAAUGGGGCCGCCGCAAGUGCUGCAGGACUCGAGGAGGCAGCCGGCUCCUCGGCAGAACAGACCAAGGCAGAGCUCGAGGCUGAGUUUGAUCCGAACGACAAAGAGCUCUGCCAUGCAGCACUGAAGAUUCAGUCCACAUUCCGUGGCCAUUUGGCACGCAAGCUGGUCAACAAGGACGCGCCCGAGGACGAGGACAUCCAGGAGAUAACCAAGAAGGUGGCCGAGGAAUUGGACAUAGAUCUGACCGAUCCGGAGUUGAACAAGGCCGCCACCAAGAUCCAGGCCUCGUUCCGCGGCCACAAGACACGCAGGGACACCCAGCCCGAAUAAGGGAAUCACCAUUUGAAUUUUGUUGGUCAUGGCUUAAAGGAAUGCAAGUCACUGAAAAAUAUAGAAAAAUAUAAAUGAAAAAAAAACAAGAAAAAAACAACAAAAAAUUGGUAAAUUGUAAAUGUGCAAAAGGCCGAUCGAGACGAGGGCACACAGUUGUAAUCUUUUAAGUGAAUGUACGUUUAACUACUAAAUGGAAAACCAAAGAAAAUCUCAUAAUAACUAUACAAUACAUAUUAGCUACCAUAAGGAUGAUUUUGCUUAGCUUUAAAGAGCUGAAGGGAGCAUUGUUUGAUUUUCGGGCUUUUCUUGCUAGUUGAAAGUUUCUCAAUUAAUCGGAAAAACUGAGUUAAUUAAUAUUUAAUUAAAUUUAAUUUCGGUUUUCGAACUUAGGAUCUACCAAAGCAAUCCCAAAACAGUAACUAAACCUUAACUAAAGCUAACUAAAAACUAAAAA